AUGAAAGAAAAGGUCUUUGCCGUGACUCGGAUUCGAACCGAGGUUGCUGCGGCCACAACGCAGAGUACUAACCACUAUACGAUCACGGCGCGCCACCAGCGAAGCUACACCCGGCAUAGAGGCGAACAAAAGUGCUCCUCGACUAAUUUACUGACUGUAGUGGACAUCAUUACUUCUUUUAAUCCACCAACUUUGGACACUUGCCAAGCCUGCAGGAAAACUGGGAAGGACGAGUUGCCUUGCACAGACAACAUUUGGGGAUUUCGACCUUCAAGUGCCUGCACCCUAGGAACCGUGAGUGGAGAGUUGGCCAGCCCUUCUUUCUCCCUUCCUUACUUCAAGCUCUGGGAUCGGACAUGUGGGGCCCCAGAAGCCACCAGGACCAAUUCAGCAAAACCAUCAAGCUUGCCAGAACUUCAAGUCCGCCGACAUCUGCCGAAAAUCCCAGCCCUAUGUCCCCCCCUCCCCCCUUCUUGCACUUACAAUAGACUUUCGAAUAAGUUUUCCCUGAACGCUCAAAAAUUCUCUAGGAAGGCAGAGCGUCAGAAAGGCGUGAAAACCCGAGUUGAUUUCCUCCGGGAAGCUGAGGUUGCCACCGGCGGAAGCGGCGGCGGCGGCGGCCCAGGAUCGGGAGCAGGCGGCGGCGGCGGCGGCCCGGGUUCUGGCCCGGGCCCUGGCCGUAGCGGUGAGAAAGGCCCGGUGGAGUCGGCGCCGGGCCCGCCCGAGGAAGUCGUAGUGUGGAGCCCCGAGGUGGAAGUGUGCCUCUUCCAUGCCAUGCUGGGGCACAAGCCUGUCGGUGUGAAUCGUCACUUCCACAUGAUCUGCAUCAGGGACAAGUUCAGUCAGAACAUAGGGAGGCAGAUCUCCUCCAAAGUCAUCUGGGACCAUUUAAGUACUAUGUACGAUAUGCAAGCAUUGCAUGAGUCUGAGAUUCUUCCAUUCCCUAAUUCAGAGAAGAACUUCAUCCUUCCUGAAGAAAUUAUUCAAGAGGUCAAAGAAGGAAAAGUGAUGAUUGAAGAUGAAGUGAAGGAAGAAAUAAAAGAAGAAAUGGAUUCACACACUGGUACUGAAGAUGUUUUUACAUCUUCAGGAAAUUUGGGUAAAGGAGCUGAAAAGUCCAGUGGCAAAGAAAAAGAAAAGAGCUCAUCAGAUUCUGGAUCUAAAGAAGGUGCAGACAAGAGGAAACGCAACCGUGUCACGGAAAAGGUCUUAAAUGCAAACAGCAAUCCCUCUAGCCCAAGUGCAGCCAAACAUCGGAGAACAUAGACAGGCCGUUAUUAAUAACUUAGAGAAAAAUAAGAAGGAAACAAAAAAUGAUGAUGUUUACUUUAGUGGAAGGAAUUUUUGACAAGUUUUUAUUAAAUUACCCCAAUUGUUCAGAUGGUACAUAUUGUCAUUUUUGCUAAUCGUUGGAAAGGGAGCAUGAAAAGAUUAGCAUGAGGGAAGAGGCUGAGAAAUGUAUCCUAACUUCCUAGGAAUAUGGUUUGAAUACAGAAAAGACUCUAGCUUAUCUUGGUGGCAUUAGGAUAUUUGUGAGCAUUCUAGCUGAGUUCUCAGAUUUCCCAAGGUAAAAUGGUAGUUUUGCAAGUGUGUACUUAAGGAAUUUUGUGAUGAUAUAUAUA